GCGGAUGUCUUCCGCUCAGUGUGUUUACAAAGCUGGCGGAGUGAUCUGCAGUUGUGAAGGUCCUGACGGGAGACAGACAGCGAGGAUCGAUAACAAACCAGACUCGGUGAAAAAUUAUGACUGCGGCAAUAGUCAGAUAGCUGGCUUCUUAUCUUUUAUGAGGCAAAAUUAAAGACAGACAAACAAAUACAGCCAAGGCCAUGGAAAGAAAAGGUGUACCUGUUAAGCGCAUUUUCAACAAGCCCCAGAUAGUCCGCAGUCUGGGCAGCAACCUCCACACAGAUGUGAAUUCCAGCCACCCCCGGGCUGGAUGGUCGCUCCUGACCAAAGUGCAGCGCGGCAGGCACAAGCAUCUCUACGACAUCAAUCAUCAAAUCAGGGCAAAGCCUGAUUUAAACACAACACUACCGGUUCGACAGACAGCAUCCAUCUUCAAACAACCAGUGACCAAGGUAACAAAUCAUCCCAACAACAAAGUGAAGACAGACACACAGAAGGCCGUGGAACAACCGAAACAACUAUUCUGGGAGAGGAAGUUGAGCGGGUUAAAUGCAUUUGAUAUAGCAGAGGAGCUCGUGAAAACCAUGGAUCUUCCAAAAGGCUUACAGGGUGUUGGCCCUGCGUGUUCAGAUAAAACACUGCUUUCUGCCAUCGCCAGUGCCCUGCACACCAGUCCGGCACCGGUCACUGGACAGCUCACCGCCGCAGUGGAGAAAAACCCUGGAGUCUGGCUGAACACAUCCCAGCCCCUCUGCAAAGCCUUCGUAGUGACCGAUGAUGACAUCAGGAAGCAGGAGGACCUGGUGCAGAAUGUGCGGAGGCGGCUGGAGGAAGCCCUCACAGCUGAUAUGUUAGCCCACAUAGAGGACACGGCUGCAGACGCAGCAGCAGCCAACAAAGUGGAGGCAAAGGGUGAACACGUGGACAAGGAGGAAUUAUAGCCACGGUACCCAAAACUGCAGGGCUGGUACCAGUGUUGCUGAAUCCUUAUUUUAUUUUUUAUUGGUUCACCCACGGCCUGUGUUUAGCCUCAUCGUUAGGAACUACAGUUCAUGUAACGUGUCUCUUUCUCAUCUCGCCCACAGGCUUGUUUGACAUGUUUGCUGGUAAACUUUCCUUUUCAAAUAAUUGGCUCCAUGAGGAUUUUGUUUACCCUAUUAACUGAAAUAGACCCUAAUUGCAGACAUUCUGCAUAUUUUGUUUACCUUAACAAAGACCGUUUUCUUUUUGUAGUUUUUCUUACAUGCGUCAGUGUAAUCCUGGAUGGGUGCUUUCAAUUUUCUGUUCAUUUUUACCUCCACUAAUGUAUGGCAACUUUCUUCAGACUCUCUAUACGGUUCAGUGGUUUCAGGAAUGACAUUUCACUAGUGAUACUAUAGUGAGUCAAAGGAAAUGAUUGUUCCUGAAAGUAAUUGUACUUUUAAGGCAGUUUACGGCUGGAUGAUGAUGCAGUGUUACAUUUAGUUGACAGCUGUCAAAGUUAAAAAACACAAACCUGAUGUAUGUGACUGACGUGCGUGUGUAUGUGUGUGUUGAAUGUAUCAGUUCAUGUUGAUGUUGUGUGUUUCUUUUUUAACAUGUUGCUCUUUUAUAUUUUACUCUGGCACUAUAGGUAGUGUGUUUAUUUAGAAGCAUAAAAAGGUUGCAGUAGUUUACAUGCACACAGCCAUCUUGUGGCUGUGUAUAAUCACAUUUAGUUUGUUUGAUUUGAUUGUUUGACUGUUCAAAGCAGUGUUAUUUCUCACGAUAACCUUUUGAGUUUACAUGGUUUUAGGGUUUAAGUCAUGGUAUUUGUAUUGACAAAAAAAUUAGUACUGUUUUGCCAGCUACAUUUGAGUUUAAUCAGUAACAGAGAGUGUGUACCCUCAGAAAAACCAAUACAACACUGAUGUACCUCACAAUAAGAUGUACUGUACCUCAUUGCAAGAUUUAUUAUUUGUCUCUGUACCCCUGUGUCGAUUAAAUGCAGCUCUUUCAUG